ACAAUGGCUUCUAUCGUACACCCCUUCGCCGUGGGAACGAAUACUGAACCCAGAAGAUCGACUGCAUCUUCCACAGAAACUCCAACACAAACUGCACCUGAAGAAUUGACCGACGCCAGUCAGCUUCCGCCACAAAGGCAUGCAGGAGCUCUCGGGCUCAUACAGCGUCUCAGAGCUAAACGGAGUCGUGGUCUUGGAGAAAAGCUCGGCGGAUCGCAAGCGGAACUAAAGGGGAAGAUCGCGAAGAAACCAGAAUUAGUAGAACAUGGACACGAGAGGCGCACAAGAAUUUUGAAGCAGAAAGAGCAAGAACAGGAUGACGAGGAAGACCCGUUUGCGACACCAGAAGAU